AAGACCAACCGUUGUAUGGCUUUUCCCUUGGGCUUCACCUCCUUCGCAUCAGAAACAGUCUACACACCUUCCAUCCUUCUGAAGCUGUCAUCAUUUACCAGCAUCAACAUGAGAGCUAUUGUAUUGCUGUGUCUGCUGCAUGCAGCUUUUGGUCAGGAUAAACCAUUUUCCUGGAAUGGACCUGUCCGCACAGGACCGAAUGCAGACCCUGAUCAAAGCAGUGCAUGUCUUGUGGACCAGGCGUCAUGUGGCUGCUGUCUGAUGCAGAAACAGGUACAGAGGAUGGAGUGGUUCUUUAACAUCACCCAUGAAGAAAUGAAAAAGGAGCUGACAAAAUCAAAGAUGGCCCUCGACAACAUGAGAGCCAGCCGCAGUGCCUUCUCUGUGGCUCUAAACAAUGACAAAAGUUUGAACUGCUAUGGCCCCUUCACUAAUGACAAGCUCAUCGUCUACAAACAUGCUUUCAUCAACCUGGGAGAUGGCUACAAUGUGCAGACCGGUAUCUUCACCGUUCCCCGCUCUGGUGUCUACAGCCUCACUGUCACCAUCUACGCCACUGGUAGCACCCUGGCCACCUGCGCCAACCUGCAGGUUAACGGCCAGGUGGUGUCUGCGCUCCUGGAACAAAAUGGCCAGGACCUUGAAGACAGUGCCACUGUUGUUGUGGCCAUGAAACUGAAGGCUGGCGACCAGGUGGCUGUCAACCUGCCCAAAGGAUGUUUCGUCUGUGAUAACAGCAGCCACUAUAACACUUUCACUGGUUUCCUGCUGUAUGCUACUGACUAAGUUAGGGAAAUGUAGCUGUUCUGGGCUUUGUACCAACUGACAGUUUCUGAUGAAAUCUUUCUGUGAUGACAGUCAUGACUAGUAGCGCGUAAUCUCUGUCUGAUAUUUUGUACUAUCACCCAUCCCAACACAAUACUGUCAUCCUGAUUUUGUUUGUUUUAUUCCAUCAUCGUUCACUAUUCUUCCUGAGAUCAUGAUCAAUAUGAUCUAUUGAGGGAAGCUAGGUUUUUGAUCCACAUUAAAACACACCUUUUAUAUCUUUUUCAUGUCACACUGUUUAAGUAACCGCUGUUAAUCUUGAACUACUGAAAUGAUGUGAUGUAAAUUGUGAUAGAAAUGUGAAUUAAAAAUUGCUGUACCUGAAACUUACAAACAAAAUAAAACACACUUUUAAACAGA